CCACAUUUCCCAACUCUUCAGCACCCGCCCCGUCUCGACCUUCCCUUCUUGCACGGCAUAACCAAAGCUGCAGACAAACGUUUGCGUUUCCCCCGACCAAGAACCACUCGACACAGCAACCAUUUCAAUCAACCGCUCACCGACAGUUAUAACCAACAAGAUGCAGCGAAUCCUGGUGACACUCUCGCUCCUGGCCUCGGCCGCUGUGGGCGUCCUCGCCUCUGGCGACGAGCUCAAGAUCGAUGUCACGCUCCCCGUCGAGUGCGAGCGCAAGACGCAAUCCGGCGACAAGGUCUCCAUGCACUACAGGGGCACCCUCGAGAACGGCAACAAGUUCGAUGCCAGCUACGAUCGGGGGACUCCCUUCACCUUCAAGCUCGGAAGCGGACAGGUUAUCAAGGGCUGGGAUGAGGGCCUGCUGGAUAUGUGCAUUGGAGAGAAAAGGACUCUGACCAUCCCUCCGAGCAAGGGAUAUGGCCAGCGAGCCAUGGGACCAAUUCCUGCCGGAUCGACUCUGAUCUUCGAGACGGAGCUGAUCGGCAUUGACGGCGUCCCCAAGCCGGAGUCAAUCGUGACCAAGGAGACACCAGCGGCCACAACGGAGACCCCUGCGGAGGAGGCCACGCAGAACAACAUUGUCGGCAAGAUCACCGAGAAGUUGGGCGAGGCGGUCAACGUUGUCAAGAGUAUGCUGAAGGACGUCGACGACGUCGAGGAGAAGGCUGAGCUGUAGAAGGCAUUGACUGGAACCCUGCUACUGGCUGUUGCUGGUUGGCAGUGUCACCUGCCAAUCUCUUGAUUUGAUAUAGACUCCCUGCUGAGAGAGAGGCGCCUGGGUCUCAAUCGAUGGGGGUAUCAAAAAAGAAUUCAUGCGUUUGGUGUGACGCGAGAGGUCCUCCUCCGUCGACUCGUUGGGUUUGCCCGAAGGAGGAGAAGGAGGGGCCCCGGGAGGGGGGAUGCGGAAGGCGGUGUUUGACAAGCACGCUCGUGGCUUGAAGUAGCCUCUCUGCUUGCGCUUGAGUAGUAUAUUUGGUACUGCAACUAUGCUUGUCAGGUUAAGGUUGCCUCCAAGUCGGUGAGGAGCUGGGCUGGCCUUUUGACACGAAUAUGUCCCUCCUGUGCAUGUGAUUCUUCAUUUGUCAUAUCAGAGUAUUUCACAAGAUCUCUGCAAAUUGAUGAGAUGAGACUUCGUUAUACAACCGUGCGUCUUCGUGGUCUAUACUCAAUACAGGCCGGUAUUGAUGAG